ACGUGAAAGCGAGGCUCCAGUUUGGUUCAGGGCGCCAUUUUCGAUUUUGUCUGCGGAUAAACAAGGUGGAAAUGGCAAACUAUAACAGAUAUAUCAUUAUUAUUUGGAUGCUUAUCUAGUCUUAAAACUAUAUGGAGGGUGAAAGAAUAUUAAAGGAUCUUUCACGGAUGAAAUUUGAUGGACUCUACGUCGAUACGAAGAACUAUCUUGGUUGCCUAAGAAGUCUAGUGGACAAUGAUGGUUUUGUUUUGCCCAAAGGCUGCAACACAGCCGAAAAGACUGUUAUCAAAUAUGGGACUUUUUGUAACAAGUUUUUAAGAUGUGGGCUAGAGUUGCUGAAAUCUUUGAAAGAUACCUCUCCAGAAACAGAGGAGCUUUUGGGUCUUCUCAGAUUUGUUGUAAAGAUAUUGGAAAAUGUGAUGAAGGCAGACAAUGGUCAUUACCUGCCUUCAAUUCCAUUGCUUGGUGAAAUAUUGAAAAAGUUCAUGAUCCUGGGGAACUAUCUACUUGGCAAAGACAGACUAGAAGAUGCAUUCUACUAUACCUCAACAUGUUAUAAGUGCCUUGAGUUGGCUAUAAACAAGACAAGUAUUCAACAAGACACUUCAAUCUCAUUGGCCAAGAGUCUGGCCAGCAUAGCAUGGAAGGGGGGUCAGCUAGCACCUCGGUCAAAAAGUAAAGGAAAAGAGACAAAGGAGCAUUCCAGCUAUGUAACAUUACUUUGGAGGAUGUGUGCAUUACAAGCUGAAAUACUUGCUAAUGAGGCUGUACAUACUGUUGUCACUAAAGCUUUCAAAGUUGCCUCAAAGUUUCAACUUGAAUGUGAAUCUGAGAGCCUAAUGCCAAAGCUGUUAGACUUUUAUCAGGCAUUGUUCAAAAUGCUUUCAAAGAGACAAUGUGUAGUUGACUCUUUAGAAAGCUCUGAGUCACUAUAUUCACUAUUUGAGCUUGGUUUUCACUUUACUAGGACAUGUCAGUAUCAAGGGGAGAUAGAGAUGGGCCAGAAGGUGUUAAAUGAGCUUCAGGAUAGUGUGAACCAAGCACUGAAGCCUAAGCUGACUAACACUGUAAAUGGUUCUACUAUAUCAAGAUUCUGUGCUUGUGUUUGUUGUGUCAUCAAAGCAUCACUCUUAGUAGAGUCUAAGGUUCUUAACAGAAAAAUGUUAAAAAAAUCUCAAUUAUCCAAGGAGUUCAUUGAAUUAAAUAAGCAAUUAAGUGAAGCGAAAAGAUUAUUGGGCCUGUUAAUUGAGAGCACAACAAAGGCAUCAUUCCCUAUUUCUACCAUUAUCAUGGCAUUAGAAGGAUUCAAAUCCAGUAUUCUACCAAAGAAUUCUGGCAAGGAGAAAAAAUCUAGUGAAUCAAAGUUUGCAGUGGAUUUCCCUGCAGAGGUGUUUGAAGUUGUGGAUACUCUAAUGCUUGGAUAUCACAACCUUCUUGAGCUACAGAAACAGUCUCUUGUCCAUGUCAUGGGGCGUAAAGAUGAAGUUGUGUCCUCGCAAAAACAUGAUCAGCUAAGACAGCAGCUGCAAAGAACUUCAGAUCGCCAACUGUCUCUUUAUAGUUUUGUCAUGUCGCUGUACAGACACAGACUAGAGCAAGGGGACAAUGGUCCAGAAAGGCGAGAGCUUUUAUUGAAGUGCAGGGAGAGAGCAGAAAAGGGCAGUGGACUUAUCCAUAGCCUAUUGCAAGAUAACUCUGUUACUGUAUCUGAGAAUGAGCUUCUCUGGCAUGGUUCUGAGUGCUUCUCCAUUGGAUACUGUGCAUAUAAACAAGACCUCUUUAUGGAAGCAACAUGCCUUAUGUCUGUUGGAUGUCAGUGUCUUAAAGAAUGGUGCUGGUCAGCUCGAGGAAACAAGACUUAUAACAAACAGAAGGUGCUUGAGGUUGCCACUAAAUACCAGCUGCUGUCUGACUGUCUGGUUAGAACCCAGAGUUUCCCGGAAGCUUUGAGCAGUUCUACAAUCUCCGUCAUGCUCUUGUUAUCUGCUGCUGAGUACCCCGAGGAGUGCAGCUCAGAGAUGCAUCAAGCCAUCUUCAGCUGGGUCAAGACUAAGCACAAGUUUGUCAAGCAUGCUCAAUUAGAUGAUGCUGAUUCAAUAAGAACAAGAACCCUGUGCCAGGCUAUGGCAGAUGAAGACAUGUCAACAGACCUCAGCAUCCAGCAGCUGGCAUUGAUCCUACAGGAGGAACUCUCAUGCUACAGCCAGUCAAGCAACAGGUAUGACCUGACUGUGGAGCAGCUGUCUGUCAUCCAGCAGCUCAUGGGGCUGUACAGGGAAGACGAGGACACAUUCAAGCUUGCUUGCUUCACCCUAGAGUAUGCUAAGAUACUCCAGACAACUGAUUGUACCUCAGAUACUCGGCCCCCUCUGGAGUAUUGCCAGGAAGCUGUGACCAUCUUGGAAGGUAUAUCUGAGGAUAUCCUCCCUGAAGACCCAUCCUUUGCGGGCGUGCAGGAGGAACUAGGGGCAGCGUUCCUACUACAGAGCAUAGCCCAGCAUGGCAGUACCAUGAGAGAAGGACCUUCCAGAAGACAUGAACCACUCAACACAUCAGAUGCAGAUGGUACAGGCGUGUCAGAUGGACAAGAAGAGCAGCAAGUUGCUCUUAAUCAAGCAUACAUUCAGUCCCUGCAUGCGGCUGUGGAUGCAUGGACUGCCAUGGUUGACUCCUGUUUGAAACAGUCUACAUGUAACACGGUUGAAUUGACAUGUUUAAGAAACCCUUUAGAGACCAUCAAUAGUGUUCGCCAGGCGUCUGUCAUGUACGCCCUAUUGAAUCAGCCAUUAAACCAAGCCCAUGCCCUCCAUCUAUUCGCUCUCAUUGCGACAGCUCUUGGUACGCCUGAGGCCAUGUCGGAUGCCGUAGUGGCAUAUGCACAAGCGGUCCACUCUCUCUGCUCCAUUCAGGAUGUGUACCACGCCCGGCAAAUGGUACGGCGUAUGGAGGAGGCGGCUGUAUGCAAGCCUACCCCACUAGCAAACAUCCACUUAAUGCUGGCCAGGAGUGGCUACCUACUUUUAGUUGGAAAGUUUUCAGAGGGCUCGGAGUGUCUACGUAGCGUCCUGAGCAGCGAGAUUCUUUCCAAGAAGACUGCUUCGUCCUAUGUUGUACUGGCCACUGCGAGGGUGCUGCAGGCCCAAUACAUGGCCCUCUGUCCUGAGAUGCUCACCCCUCCUACUCCCUCAGGUGUGUCCUCCGUACACCACCAGCCGGCCACGCCCCUGGAGUGCUUGUCGGACGGCUGUACGUGGGUGGAGGUUGCCGCAACCGCCAUCUUUGGGCAAUCGCUAUUGGACGUGGACUCAACCGCUGUAUGUAAGGUCGGUUCAGACGAGUGCCUUCGGUUAACCACCUUGCACAUCCUUCUCCACUGCCAGCUUCAGCUAGGUGCUAUGCUUACUCGCCUAGGCGUGGUCAAACAGGCGGCCAAGUUCCUCGCGGACGGGCUAGCACUCGCCGGACGUUUUCACUUACCCUACAGGGUUAUAGAGUUCAAGAUCUUUCAAUCCGAGCUAGACAUCCAGAUCCAUAAGCUGGAUAGGGCAAGGAGUGUCUUGCUGGGCGUUGCAUCGCAGAUGGCCCCUCUUUUCCAUGGAACGACAGAUCGUCUGGAAGACCUGACGGACGUGCACGCGGUGGUCUCCCACAAGGACACGUGCAGGUGUAUGUGCUGCAGCGACCCCGCCCUCCAGGCUAUUCAGAUCCGGGUGCUCCUGGUCCUAGCGAGGUUCUUCCAGGCCUCCGCCGCGCCCAAGGUGUCCGUCAACUGUCUAGAAGGAGCUGAAGUGCUUUGUAAUAAUGCAGUGGCUCGCUCGAAGCGCACCCUCGAUGAAAUAACCAACAUGCUUCGUCUAGGCGUGAGUGAGCCAUGUGAGACCGACAAGGCACCCCGCACAAAGAGUAAAGGAAAAUCUAAGAAGGCGAAGAAGGAUGAUAGCGCCGAGUGCCCUAUCACCACGGCAGUCACCGCCAAGGCCAUGUAUGGAGUCUACUUCGCUGAAGUAUUCGUACUGAACGCUGAGAUCCUGUUGAGUCGCGGCAAGCUAACUAAAGCUAGAGAUGUAACGGCUGCAGGACUAGAUACUGUCGAGGAGGUGCGCAGAGUUUUUGGAGCAGUUAGUCCAUACUGCUCUCAAGUGAACGGCAACUUAUUGUACCUUAAAGGUUUGACUUACCUUCUAAGCGAUAGCGCGUUUGCAGAACUUAACAACAGAUGGGAUUCAUGUGCGCCUGAUACCAAACAGCAUUGUUCACCCAGUGAUGUAUCGUCCAAUAAGAUAGAUGUAAGAGUGCCAGAUGCAGACAAUGAGAAAACUCUAACCAAGGCGCAAGCACGGAAAGGGCGACGAGGGAAAGCCGUGGUAAACGAGGAGAGUGAAUUGACCGAGAAAGUAACUAAAAAACCAGCAAAACGACGCGGAAAAUCGGCCCAGCUCUCCUCUCUUGAGAACAGUGUACAAAAUAGAGAUAUUGACAUUGAUGGGCAACCUUCGAAGAGAUCUUCAAGGUCUCGUGCUAAGGCGUCAAAGGUGGACGGUUUCCAAGAAGCAUUGCCAAGUAGUAGAAGAGCCAAAGGUCGUGCGAAGAGCAUUAACGAAAACGUAGACGAGGAUAAAGGUGAUCACCUCCAGGUGGCCAUGGAGUACCUCACUAGAGCUCUGGACCUCACUCAACCUUUACCUGACCCCCGCCUGUACUCGUCUAUUUGCCGCGUGCUGGCCCUAUGCUAUGGGCGUGUCAGCCCCUCGGACGCCGCGCAUUAUUCCAACCAGUCCCUUGGUGUCACGCUCAGGCAGGAGGCCUUGAAUAGCUCACGCAAGAAGCUCAGGCGGCUGAUGAAAGAAAUAUCAACAAAUGAAAAGUCUUCCAUGAAUGACAUGGAUGCUCUAGCGGACGAAAUGAGCCACGUGUCCCUGAGUGAUGAUCCUAGUGUCAUGACAGCGUGCAGGAGGUUACUGCAGAUCAGAGAAACUAUGGCGUUCAGUGGUAAUGAGGCAGGAAACCCAUCGGAUCUGGAAUUUGCUCGAGAAUGGACAGUGUGUACCAUUGACAAGGUAUCGCUUCCUGGAAUCACCCCUUCCUACUUGAUGGUGACCCGCCUGAGGAAUGGUAGCGCACCUGUUGUCCUUCGCCUCGCCCUGCCGGAUGAUUCUGAGGGAACUGAAAGUUCUGGCAAUGAUCAUUGCGAGGCAGCAAGCAAGGCAGUGAUGGACCUCUGCAAGCUAUUCCAGGGCAGCGUUGACGAGAGUUUCGCUGAUGUGUUGAGGGACAGUGCGGAGAGUAUGAAUAUUUCCAGCACUAAGGAGUGGUGCCAACGGCGAUCCAACCUUGACGACUCCUUGAAGAAUGUUCUAGAACGGCUUGAGAGAUCAUGGCUUGGCAAGUGGCGAGGUGUGAUCCUUGGAAGGCACUCCACGCCUGGCGUCGAGGAAACGUUGCACAGCUGCUCUGCCGACCUGUGUGAAGCUCUGGGGUCACGGGCUGGAAAGAAAUGCGAUGUACAUCUCAUCCAGAUUUUGUUGGAUGCGUACUCGAGUUUGAGCCGGUACGAAAUCAGCGAGGCCCUUUCCUACCUGACUGGACUGCAGCAAGACUCGGACAAGCUCCCUGCGUACCUGGAAGUCUUCACCAACACUGCAACUGAGUAUACGUCGCUUGUAAACCAGAUACUCCAAAAAUCAUCGUUGGAGGCAGUUCGCCGACACCCGGUUAUCCUGAUUCUAGGAAAGGGGGUCCAACAUCUUCCCUGGGAGAACAUACCGAUCUUGCGCGAUCACGAAGUCACUAGGAUGCCAUCACUGCAGUUUGUUCUUAGCCACGCCCAACAGAUGAUGCAUCAACCCUGUUCUGUCGACCCAGAGAAGACGUAUUUUGUACUUAACCCUGAUGACAAUCUUCCCAACACUCAGAAACUCUUCCAAAAGUGGUUUGAAGGGGAGCCUGGCUGGCGUGGUGUUACUGGAACCAAGCCCUCCCAGGAGCAGUACAGGAGUGCCUUGGUGGACAACGACCUUUUCUUGUAUCUUGGUCAUGGUAACGGUCGGACCUUCCUCAACGGCUCAGAAGUGCAGAGGCUCAACUGUCGCUCCACUGCCAUCUUGAUGGGCUGCAGCAGUGGCAAACUUAUCGUUGAGGGUGUCUGUGAACCAAGAGGAAUGGUGUUGAACUACCUUAUCGCUGGCUGCCCGGCUGUAGUCGCUAACUUGUGGGAUGUGACCGAUAGAGACAUUGAUCGUCUAACCGCUACACUCCUGAAGACCUGGCUUCAAAGGGAUCACUCCCUUUCACUUGCCCAAGCACUCUGCCAAGCUAGGAAAGCUUGCAAGCUAGGUUAUCUUAUUGGGGCCUCUCCCGUUGUGUAUGGGAUACCUGUGUACCGGAAGAGAUGACACUGGCUUUUCCGUGAUCACUCACUUCCGCUUCCGCCAAAGAACGAAGGCUUGUAAGCUGCUCUACCUUAUCGAUGCCUCGCCUGUGUUGUACUGGAUACCUGAGAAUCGAAAGGGAUAUACUGUAAUAGAUAUAAAUCUAUUAUUACAGUUGUACUGGAUACAUGAGAAUCGAAAGGGAUAUACUGUAAUAGAUAUAAAUCUAUUACAGUAUAUCCCUUUCGAUUCUCAGGUAUCCAGUACAACAUGAUGAAUCGCCCGUGGGUUGGGAUACCUGUGUAUUGGACGCGAUGUAAUUCAUUGGCUGAGAUACCUGUGUAUCUGACAUCCGGCGAAACCCAGAACUUUGAAAAGAGCUCACCUGAAUGCGUGAAAUACCUGUGUUGUUGUGACUUCUAUAGCAUUUGAGCUAGAGUAUAUUUUAGAAAUGUUGGAUUUGAUUGCUUUUUACUAGGGGAUCUUCUUAAUGGGCAUAAAUUGAAAUUGUAAAUAAAACGUUCCAUUCAAUGCAA